GUUUUUUAUUGCAGAUUGAAAUCCUGACCAGAGAGAGCUGUAGAUUAUGGCAUCUAACACUGAAAAAGUGUCUGAGGAAGUUAAAAAAAUAUCAAUUGAAGAUGAUGAAGACAUUGUUAAUCCAUGGGAUGUUGUUAGUUCUUCUGACAAAGGAGUAGACUAUAGUAAACUUAUCAAAAGGUUUGGAAGUUCUGAAAUAGAUAAAGAGUUGAUAGACAGAAUGGUCAAGUUAACAGGAAAACCGCCUCAUCACUUCCUGCGAAGGGGCAUAUUCUUCUCUCACAGAGAUAUGCAUCAGAUACUUGACCUUGUUGAAAAGAAGAAAGGAUUUUAUUUGUACACAGGGAGAGGACCAUCUUCAGAAUCUAUGCAUCUGGGUCAUUUGAUUCCGUUCAUGUUUACAAAAUGGCUUCAAGAUACCUUUGAUGUUCCACUUGUGAUCCAAAUGACCGAUGAUGAGAAAUUUCUAUGGAAAGAUCUGACGAUUGAAGAGACAAACAAACUUGCACAUGAGAAUGCCAAAGACAUCAUCGCAUGUGGCUUUGAUAAGGACAAGACAUUUAUCUUCAGUGAUGUAGAAUAUAUUUCAGAGAGCACGGAAUUUUAUAAAAUGAUGUGCAAAAUACAGAAACUCGUCACAUUCAAUCAGGUGAAGGGAAUCUUCGGAUUCACAGAUAGUGACAGCAUCGGUAAAAUUAGUUUUCCUGCCAUUCAAGCCACACCAAGUUUCAGUUCAGCAUUUCCUCAGAUAUUCACAGGAAAGAAAGACGUACCUUGUCUUAUUCCGUGUGCUAUUGAUCAGGAUCCAUAUUUCCGCAUGACUCGUGAUGUAGCACCACGACUGGGACUUCUCAAACCAGCAUUGCUUCAUUCCACUUUCUUUCCUGCAUUACAAGGAGCCCAUGGUAAAAUGAGUGCAAGUGAUCCAAAUUCGUCUAUUUUUUUAACAGAUUCGGACGAACAAAUUAAAACAAAGAUCAACAAAUAUGCUUUUUCUGGAGGAAUGCCAACUGAAGAAGAACAUAAAAAGCAUGGCGGCGACUGUGACACAGAUGUGUCGUACCAAUAUCUGACAUUCUUUAUGGAAGAUGACGACAAAUUGGCCGAUAUCAAAGCGAGGUAUUCAAGUGGUGAGAUGUUAACAGGUGAGCUGAAACAGGAAUUAAUUACUGUUCUGCAAAAUCUUGUUGGAGAGCACCGGAAGACACGAGCCGACGUCACUGAUAACUUAGUGAAUGAAUACAUGAAAUCAAGGAAAUUGAAAUUUGACUAUUAAAAAUAUAUUUGAGGAUCCCGCUAUUCAUUUGAUUAACAGAACACCGUAAAAAAUGAUUAAAAGUACUGUAUUUUAUAAAUAGUAGAAACAACCAAUCUGUUUUCUAAGACCACAGUAAAAAUAUUUUCCAUUGCUAUUUGAACUGAAAUGGUGAGAUGAGUGUUUGCAUUUAAUAAAUAUAUAAAGAAAUUAUGUAUCGGAAUGCUGAAAUCGUGUAGUGAUUAUAUCUCUUUCCUAAUAUUUUACUUAUUUCUAGCAUUGAUUAAAACUUUAAUAAACCGCUUUCAUUAAUACUUCAUUGAAUAUUUAAUUUGUAAAUAACAAUCGAAAUUAAGCAUAUGAUAUAGUUGUAAUCUUUAUUAUCAAUUUUUUUAUUAGUCUAUGUUUUAUAUAUAUAUAU